AAUUCAUUAUUGUGAUUGGUCAAAUAUAAACGUAAAUAAAGCGAAAGAGAAAAACGUGUAUGCUACGAACUUAAUUUAACAUUUUAAGAGAAUAAUGUUACUUACCGACUAUCCAGUACCUAACUCUGGGAUCCAUCACAAACAAGACAAUACGAAGGCAUUUAUUGACGAAAAUGACACUGGCACAGGGGCUUUGUACAUAGCUGAAAGUCAGGUGACGUGGCUAAGCUCAGCUGGAGCAGGGUUUUGUUUAGAGUACCCUAAGAUUUGCCUACAUGCAAUUUCCAGAGAUCUGUCUUCAUUUCCACAUGAGUGUCUGUACCUACAAGUGGAAGGGAAGUUAAUUGAAGAUGACAGGGGAAGUAACUCUUCAUCUGAGGGUGAUGAUGAUGAUGAUAUGCCGACAACAGAAGUCAGAUUUGUUCCUGAUGAUAAACUUGCAUUAGAAGCAAUGUUUGCAGCACUGUCACAAUGUCAGAUCUUACAUCCAGAUCCAGAAGAUCCUGAUUUUGAUGAACAGUUUGAUGAGAGAGAAGAAGGUUUUUAUGAAGGUGAGGAGGGUGCUGAAGAGCUCACAGAACAAGGGCAGGUAACUUUACAGAGAUUAGAGAACAUGUUACGAGCAGGACAAGGAGAUGGGGCCAAUGUUGAGGAAACAAAUGGUCACAGAGAAGAAGAAGAAAUGGAGAAAGAGAACCCAAACAAUGCAGGACAGUUUGAUGAUGCUGAUAUGGAGCAAUGAAAACAUACUAACAUUGUGUAUAUAAAAUCAUAUGUGGUGGACUUGAUAUGAAAAUACAAAAAUGCUGGGACAGGAGGAAGGCUUUCUCACAUGAACAUAGUUACAUACUGAAUGUUGUUUGUAUCUGUCUUAAUGGAGUAUAAAGAAGUUUGUUAUGUACCGUGUGGUUAUAACAAAUACUAUACAGACAGUGAACAUUUGAGAGUAUUUAGAACAACAGAAUUUGAAAUUCAUUGUGUAAAGUCAGUCUAAAUGACAAUCUCAUUGUAAGAAAGCGAAUGUGAAAACUUACUGAUUGAAAAUUAGCUUUGUCAAAUCAUCCAUUCUGAACAAAAUUUGUUUUUUUAUUUGUGGUUAAAUUAUAUCAUAAUACUAUAGAGAUAUACUUUACAUUGUUAAAUUCAUGACAUCACGUUAACAGUUUUGUUUCAUUGUCCUUGAACUAGCAUAACACUAGGUAUGACCUACAUGAACAUAUCAAACAUCAUUAAGUUAGCUUUCCAUUUAUCACUGGAUAUUUUUAUUCAUUUUUCAUCAAAAGUUUUUAGUUUAAGCUCAUCUGAGCAUAAGUGCUCAUGGCUAUUGUAUUGAUUUGUCUAUUUGUUUUUUUUCCCACAAUUUCUUUUAAAUCCAUCUCCUGAACCGCUUUGCAAAUUUCAACCAAACUUUACAGGAGUGUUCUUUGGAUGACCCCCUUUCAGAUUCUUUCAAAUCAAGUCAUUCUGGUAGAGGAGGAUCUGUAUUGAUUUUGGGGUCAAUAGGUCAAAGACCAAGGUCACAGUGAUCAGGAGAGUGAGUGUAUUUCAGGCUCAAAUGACAACUAUUUUAACUUCAAUUUACAUUUAUUCCAAGCUUUGAGGAAAGGGCUUAAAUUGUUUGCUAAUGUCCAGUGGUUUGUGGGCUUGUUAGUCUGUAUGCAGAUAAGUAGGCCAUUAAUUUUGAUUUCCACUCAAGGUGUUUAGACUUCUGGGACCUUAAUAUAAUGAUUGUCUGUGGUCAGCAGAUGACCCCGUUGUGAGAUAGUAGCUCAAAGCUCCAGUUCUCAGUGACCUCAAAGUUGAAAUGGUUUCUGAUAAGUAACUGGAGAAAACUUAGGACAGCAGCAGUCAAACUUCAUAGUAUGAUUUCCUAUGGUUAGUUGCUCAUGGUUACUUGUUCUGGGGCUCAAUAAGUCAAAGGUCAUGUUACAGUGACCUCCAGAUUGAAAACAAUGUUCAGUCAUUGGACCUCUUUGGUCCACAGCUGUUGAAUUGCAGAUAAUUGUGUCAGUGUAAUGUGGAACCCAAAUAACACAAAAACAAAAAAAUAGGUCAGCAGAUGGCCUUUCAAUGGCUGAGACUUAAAACUACUUCCAGUCAAUUACUGGAAGAUGCUUUGUCCUGUGACUGUGGUCUGUUGACGACCUUUAUUGUUUUGAGGUCAGUGGUCUGGUUAGUGACCAAAAUAAUAAACCUUUAGCUUGCUAAAUGUCUGAAAUGGACUGUUCCAUCAUUCAAAAUUGGGCAAUACCAUUUAAUAUUCAAAGGGGUGUUCAUCUAAUAUUAACUGACUGAACAACAAACACCGCAGACCAUGAUCAGCCUGUAUGGACAUGCAGGCUGAUCUUGGUCUGCACUGGUCGCAAAGGCAGAAUCACAUGCUGCCAGAAGGCUAAAGGUUAAAAAGGUUUCUGAUCAAUGACUGAAGAAAGUUUCAAGCAAGGACUAUUGAAUUUCUUAAGAUGAUUUCUUGUUGCAAGUAGAUAACCCAAUUGUUUUGGUGAUCAGUAGGUCAGAGGUCAAAGUCAAACUUUAUAAUUUCCUAUGGUCAAUUGAUAAUUUUAUUUGUUCGAGGAGUCGGCAUGUAAAUAAGUUAAAGUUGCCAUUUUUAACAACAGCAAAAUGGACAAUGAUACAGCUUUCCUUGCAUUGCAAAAAUGUAUAUCUUUGAUCAGAAAUAGCCAUAUUAAACGUUUAUGCCUAAUAGUUGAAAUCACAUAAAUAUCCAUUUUUUUACCAGUCAAACACUAAUUUAAAUUCACAGUUCCUUUCAAAUAGGUACACAGAGGGAAUAGUGGAUGAAAAUUUGAAAUCCUCACUGUGGGGUCAAUGUUCCUUGUAUUUUACUGACAUGCUUGAUUUAAAACAGAUGGCUUAUUUCUUAGUUGAAUGCACAUGAAUACGCAAAUAUUUUCAUUUUUUUGACCUGCAUAGGCCAGUUAAGGAAAACACCUGAAAACUACUAUAGAAUCUCACUUUUUGUUUUAUCAUCAGAUUGUAUGAACAAUUUGUCAUGUUUUUAUAAUUUCACAUAGUGACUAUCAUAACAAGACAGCCUCUUACUCCUUCUCUUUAAUCAGGUGAGUAGUGAAAUUUAGAUAAAUCAUGGAUCUAUGCCUGAUUAUCCUUUUCCACGUACAUGUAUAUUUAUGAUAGUAGUUUUAUCAUGACAGAAGUAGUACUGGGUCCUGUGUUUCAGUUAAUUUAUUGCAGUGCUUAUCACAUGGCCAUUUUCCCCCCAGAAAAAUAACAUGUAAUCAUACCUCCUGCAAAACAUUUUGGCGAGUAUUAGAAUUUCAUGACUGAAAACACACAUGAUGAUUCUGGAAAAAAUGUAGCGAUUAUACUGGAACGUGUACUUACAUACAUUCAUUCACAUACAUGUAUCUCAUUUCUUUCAUGUUAUUUUGUUUAUGGAACCAUUUGUAUUGAUGCUCAUGUUAAUAUGAUAAUAAAAUUGAAAUGUAA